CCCACAGGUUGAGAACCACUGGGCUAGAGAGUGUCAGCGUCACAGGCCAUGCAUGGUUCCAGGAAGACCUUUCUGAGGAAGGAUCUUUGAGCAGAAAUGAGGGAGUGAACAGUACAGAUCUGUGGGGACAAGCAUUCCAGCGGAGGGAAGAAGCAAGGCAGAGGCUCUGGGGUGGGAGAGUGUGAUGUAUCUGAAGAGCCCCGUGCCCAGUGGGUAAGGGAGAGGGUAGAUUGAAGGGGCAGGUUGAUAGAACCUUGUAAGCCACAAGGACUGCCCUUCAGCCUGGCUCCGAUGGCGCCCAGGAGGUCUCUGAGAGAGGAGGGCUGUGACCUUAGCAGGUGUGCACAGGCUCCCUCUGGCUGCAUGUGGGACAGGCUGUGGGGACAGGACUGGAGCAGGGAAUGGGGGCAGGGCGGCUGCUUCAAUAGUCCUGGUAGGAGAUGAGAUGGACAGGAGCAGCUGGAGGCAGCAGACAGGGUAAGGUGAGAUCAGGCUCUGAAUGAUUUUGGAGGAUGAGCCAACAGGAUUUUGGAAUUCUGGGAAGAAUUCUGAAUCCUGACACCUUUGAAAGUUGGUUCUCCUGGGGCUGGGGGAGGUUGGGUAACAGCCGCCCAGCCUGACCUGCUGCCCUCCUGCCCCUCAGUCUGUGCUGACAACAACCACGUGCGGACAUGGUCUGUGACUCGCUUCCGUGGCAUGAUUUCCACCCAGCCGGGCUCCACCCCACUUGCUUCCUUCAAGAUCCUGGCCCUGGAGUCGGCCGAUGGGCAUGGCGGCUGCAGUGCUGGCAAUGACAUUGGCCCCUACGGUGAGCGGGAUGACCAGCAAGUGUUCAUUCAGAAGGUGGUGCCAAGCGCCAGCCAGCUUUUCGUGCGUCUUUCAUCCACGGGUCAGCGGGUGUGCUCCGUGCGCUCCGUGGAUGGCUCGCCCACCACUGCCUUCACGGUGCUCGAGUGUGAGGGAUCCCGAAGGCUUGGCUCUCGGCCCCGGCGCUACCUGCUCACUGGCCAGGCCAACGGCAGCCUGGCCAUGUGGGACCUGACCACUGCCAUGGAUGGGCUAGGCCAAGCCCCUGGUGGCCUGACAGAGGAAGAGCUCAUGGAACAGCUGGAGCAGUGUGACCUGGCCCCACUGGCUUCCUCGAGGGGCUCUCUCCCCAGCCCCUCACCCCGCACUUCUCUCACCAGUCUUUACUCAGCUUCCAGCAACACCUCCCUGUGUGGCCGCCGUGGGAGCCCCAGCCCCCCGCAGGCUGAGGCCCGGCGCCGUGGGGGAGGCAGCUUUGUGGAACGCUGCCAGGAACUGGUUCGCAGUGGGCCAGAGACCCGACGGCCACCAACACCAGCCCCCCGGCCCUCCACGGGUCUUGGGGCUCCCCUUGCACCCCCCAAGAUGAAGCUCAAUGAAACUUCCUUCUGAACACAGCUGCCAUCGUGCCUUUGAAUGCUCAGGUCCUAGAGACUCGGGUGCCUGCCCGCUUCCUGUCAGAGCCCUGGGUUCAGGGCCAGGGUCUCCUUGAAAUGGUCACUGUUACUAGAUCUCCCCUAUCUCCCUUUUUUCUGGGGCCAAAGUUACCCUCUCCUAAUAAAGUUCUCACUGCCAACA